UAUUGGCGGCGCCAAAUUCGCAAACUGAGCGCUUCUUGGUCGCCAUCUUCUAAAUUCACGUCUUUGUCGACGUUAAUGGCAGCUUCAAGCCCGAAUCUGCAUACAACAAGCUCCGCCUUCAUUUUAGCCACGACAGCAACGCCGAGACGAAACAAGGAUACGGAGACGAGCAAACAAAAGAGAAAACCUCAGGAAAUAGCGAUGACGCUGCAACAGCAGAAACUUCACCGUCAGCACCAGCGUCCCCGUCAUCAGCUUCAUCCACAUCAGCGUCCUCCUCCGCCCCCGCCACCACCACCACCACCACCACCACCACCUCCUCCUCCUCAUCCCCAUCAUGAUUAUUAUCUCUACGAGCAACAACCUCACAUUGAUCAUACUCAGUACCAUUACAGUUAUCAACAAGAACCACCGCAACAGCAACAGUUUCCUCUACAAGCACUACCUACCCCGCGCCCACCGUCCUCUACUCCCCCUCCGCCACCGUCCCCUCUUCCAUCCCCACCGCCAAGUCCACCACCGUCAUCAUCAACACCUUCGCUUUUAUCGUCACCGCCUCCGCUGCCGCCGUUCGACAAGGGCGACUGUACCAGCAGAACAGCGUCAUCAAUGGUGACACAUAAUUUCAAUAACAACACCAAUGCUUCUUCAGAAAGAACUCCUCAGAACAGUAACGACUGGUAUCAGAAACUGACAAACACCAGCUUGACGCUUGGAGAACGAAACGAAGAAUCCGUUUCAUUUUCAGAUCCGGAUUUUACAUUCAAGCGUUCUUCGACCCGCUGCUAUUUUCAGCUUUGUUGGUUACUGUACGAAACCUUGUUUGUUUCGGCCAUAUCGGUGGGUUCAAUCUAUCUCAUCGAACUUCUACCGCAGCUUAGACAGCAACCAGAACGCCGCACGGUGUCAUUUGCCGAUAUCGGUGUUAAUUGCAUCAAUUCUUUAUUGAUAUUCUCCGAAGUCUUCAUAUGUGCUUACCCAGUCCGCCUUUUGCAUGUAAUUUAUCCGAUAAUUUAUGCCAUUUCUUAUAUUGUAUUUAGUUUAGCUUAUUGGUCUUAUGAUACUGAAGCAAACGUCAUCUAUCCCAGCAUUCUAAAUUGGAACAAUCCCGGCUUGACCGCAGCUCAAAUUGUCUUGCUUGUGUUCGUUGUUAUUCCGCUGUUGAAUGUAGUGCAUUUCGGUCUUUAUCACUUGCGGUUGUUCAUUUACAGACAGAUAUAUAUGGAAGAUUACUUAUUUAUCUUAUAAAUAACAUCAUUCAUUAUUUUUAUGUACAAAAAUUAUAAAAACAAAAAUAAAAAUAUCAAGUCAAGCAACGACGUGAACACAAAGAAACCCCCUCUUCAAAAUAAUGAGUUUUGUUUGCAGAGUUAUGAUUAAACAGUGAUCUACCUCUCACCCACAGAUGCCUUAAUUUCUGCUAUAAAAAUCAAACCUAAAACGUGUACAGAAUGUGCAAAGAGAAGUCAAGUCCAGUAGUGUAUUAUUUAUAGAAGUGAAAUAAAAGGUUUCACGUGGUAAUUGAAACCGUGUAAAGUAUUAAACUAAUUUUUUUAUGAUAGUUUUUUCUCUCUGAUUAACAACCUCCGAGAAAAAUUUGGUAUGGAGGAACAAAAUUCUUUUCGAUCCCCAGCAGUUGUGGUAUGUACUCUCAAAAUUCAAGAAAGCUGGUAAUGCUUUUUAAAAAAAUUUAGUGAAGGCACCCACUUGGCUCUCCGAAUUCCAGACCAAUGUACCGACUAUUACUCUUUUAUUGGAUAAGCUGAUUAAGCUAUAUCUUUCACAGGUUUCACACAUGGCUGUGUAGUUAAAAACUUCCUCCGCAACUACGUGCAUUAUGGUUGGAUCCUACUGCAAAACAAUUUAGGCAAAUAGCUUUAUGUUGAUUGAAGCAUUGGGAGAGAAAUCUGGUAGACGGAAUCUAUGAAUGCUUGUCGAGAGAACUCUGUUCUCAGGUGGUAUAUUUAAACCAUUGCUAAUCAAUCACUCGGUUAACACCAUCAACCAGUGAUUCUUAGGUGCUUUUAAGCAUUCACACUAGUUACUGAUUUCAGGAUAACCUUCUUCCUUUCUUCCAACACCCAUGAGACUCUAUAAAAAGCAUUACACUUUCUCUCUGCAAAGCCAUAAAAAAAACCAUAAUUAGCUCGGGAAUUUAAUGCACAAUUAAAAACGACAGAGGUCUGUAUUUCUUACUUUUACCAACAAUGUAAGUGAAAGCAGUGUCAUGUAACAUAAUCAACUAGCACUUGAAAUAGUAUCACUUUCCCCCUGUACUUGUGUUUUCUCACUGAAAUAACUACUGAUGCUUUGUAUCGACAAAUCCUCAUUUUCUAUUAAGAAAUGUAUUUAGGAUGUUCGUUUGAAAAUUAUAAAGAAUCAGAUAGAAAUACUAAGUUCUCUCAUUACUAG